GAGUCCAGAAACCAGCUAAACGGCCAUUAGAGGGGCUGUUUGGAAAUUAUCGAUGCGAUGAAGUGGAACAACCGUAAAAUAACGACAUUUUUGUCGUUAUUUGUCAUCACUAGUUUAUGGACGUUAAGCGAGGCGUACCGGGGAUCCAUCAGAUUUACAUCUCGAUCCCAACAAGUGGAGUUAGAAAAUGCACAAGAACUAUCAUCAAAUCCCGGUGACGAACCCGUAACAGUUUCAAACACACGUUUUGUUCGAAGGCGUUCAACAUCAACAACUACUACCCCCCCAGUGGAUUCAUUUACAAAAGCGUAUGGCUAUGAAAAAAGACGUGAUUUUAGAGAUGGACAAACCGCAUCUCGUACCAGCGUCGAGAGUGAAGAUGUGCACGAAGCGAACAAUCGUGCCACCGUUCCGAAUCGACGGACGAAACAAAACAAUGCUUCCUCGUUGCGAACGGAAAUUAUUGCACAGAACGCGUUUGAAAGACGUAUUGAUAACGAUAAAGAACAAAUUGUAUCAAAUGCGUUGGAGCCUGCAAAAAAGGAGAACCUUUCUUCGCAACGGCGCCGAUCUAAGAGCAAAAAUUUUGAGCAAGAACCUUUUACAACGAUUGCAAGUGCCGGCGCUGAAGGCGAACGGGUAGCGAAAAGAGUCAGCACAUUAACAACAUUAAGCCCGAACCUUUCGAAUGAAGUGAGAGACGAAUUAAAAGGGUCGGCUCAACGUUUCAUCUCAGGAAGAGGUACCAAAGGGUCGAACCUUGUUGCAUCAAACAAACGAGAGGAGGGUUCGUCGGAGGAAAACUAUCCAGAACCGUUUAAGAAGCUAUUGAAAGCGCAGCUUAAUGAUGAUAAAUUGAAGACAGCGUACGUGAAAAAUUUGGAAAGCACAACCAAGAAAAGUGUACAUGCUAUGCCCGAACGUAGGAAAAUCCAAUCUGCACCAUCAACUACGGAAGCCGCUGUGACUGCUAACAAAUCUAAUCAAGCCGCUGCUCGACGUGUGCAACUACCGAAGGAGGCCGGCAUAAAAGAAAACAAAUUUCAGUAUCGUACUGUAGUACCGCCGAAAUCUAGGGAACAAACGCAUAGAAGAUCGCAGUUUUCAGAAACAAACAAUACAUCCUCCGAAACCAUUCUACAAACAUUGCGCACGACCAAGAAAAGCAACUCGUUGGAAUCAUCCUCGGAGCAGGUUCUGUCGGUACGACAGCUCAGUAUUCGCACACGGCAUAGUGAAAGAAAUGAGCAAAAUUCGAAUGAAAGAUUUAGCAUUCCGGACAGGACAUCGGUAGAAGUUGGGGAUGAGAAGACGAGUAAGUCACAUGUACGACCGACGAUCGAAGCCAGGAAGCGAGUUACAAAUCCAGUCGAACGUCAGCCUCGUGGCAAAGUGAAGGUGUUAAGUACGACUACACCAGGACCAACGACCACGGUGAAAUUGAUCACUCCAAGACCCGUUCGAACGUACACGAGAAAACAGAACACAUUGAGCUAUCUUACCUCAACUACCACCGAGGCGACGACGACGACUAGAAAACCUUUCUCACCUUCACCUAGGUCGGGUUCCUUGUCACAACGUAAGCCACAAUUGGCGGUGGUCGAAAAGAAUGCCUUAAGAUUUAGUACCGAACGAAGUAAUGCGGUUCCGCGAUCAAACAGCAAUAAGCAGCCAGCAGAAGAGCUAACAAAUUAUUUACCUAACUUGCGUGAAGCAAGUCAACUAUCAGUAGACGAUAUUGAAGAGGGACCUCAACAAAUCUCACUUCUAUACACAAAUCCGGUGGAAUAUCUGAGAAGACGACAGAACUUAACUAAAACGAUGAAUAAUUAUAGUACCACAACUAUUCCUUCGACAAGAUCAAGUGAAAGCUACACAAAGGCACCGGUAAAGCACUUUGCAAGGAAAACUUCACUCACUGCAAGACCAACAGUUUCCAGCAAAAACAGCUCCAAUACUGUGUUUAAACGGCCUCCAUCUUUUUCUUCCAUUCGGUCAAACAAAAAACCUGCCGUAUACACACCAACUAUUCCAACGUUUACGACGCUAUCAACGGUAAAGGUUAUCCCCGAUGGUCAAAUUAUACAAAAGCCCGCUAACUUCAGCACAAAACUGCCAAGCCGCAUCGCUAGCCUAUCUUCCCACUCCACCACCGCUGCACUAGCUAACGAAAUCGAUAUCUACGACGAUGAUCAUAGAGCCACGAUCAAAUCUACUGAUCAGUAUGAUAGGGGAGACACCGAAGAUUACGUCGAAAACGAACUGCAGACGGAGGAAGCCCAACUAAAGGUGUUAUCAAAUCAACAGGAUCUUAACGUGGCAAUCGCUAGCGGAGAGAAAAGAUCAGGAGGCAGCGAAAAAGAGAUCGCCCCAGUUUCGUCUGGCUUAACCCAGAGCCAUAUCGACAUUGACACACCGAAUCAUCGGGUCCAGGACGUGCCGUCCGCCGUGACUGUGUCAAUAUUCAGCGCACUGUCCGAGAUCCUUUCGCAACCUACCGAAAGUUUACAAUUUUUGUCCUCCAGCACUGAUGCACCAACCUCUACGUCUGCAUCUUCAACAAGCACCACUUCAACUUCUACCACCACCACAACCACCACUACCACCACUACCACUACCACCACUACUACCACUACGACUGUACCACCGCCUCCUCAAUCACCAGAACCGUCUUUAUUUUCUAGCAAAUCCAACGACAAGGUACUGGAAAUGGUGGGCAACAGUUUUGCCUUUGCUUCCAACGUACUGCCUGUAAGCGCGGGCGAGACGUUUGUACAUACUGCUAGCUAUCAGGAAUCUACCGAUAACCCGAAUGUAAAUAAAACCGAUCUAACCAUUGCAAGCACACGGAUCACGGAGGGGAAUGUGACGAUUAGGCAAUACUCGUUAGCAAGUUCUGGAGAGACUACAUCGACACAAGCAACGUCAUUGGCGACACAACUAUACGAGCAGGAAGAAACGAACGGCCAUAACUGCGACCGCUGUGCAGAAAAUGAUAUCGAAAAUAGAAUUCUCACGGAUAUAUUGCCGUUUGUUCAGGACGGUUUGAUUGGUAGUACGACUAGUGAUUCGUUUCUUCCUACCGUUCCUGCUGUACCUCCCAGAUCUUCGCUCGAUGCCCGUGUCCUUCAGGAUACCGCUGAUGCUGAUGUUGUUCCUUUGUCCAUUACACAGAAACCGCUAAUGCCCGCAGCAGAAACGGAAACGAUGGAAACGGAAACUGCGACACCGACAUCGACUACUACACUGCCUACUACUACUAUUCGUGUGACUGAAGAACGGGACCUCACCGAAAUGACUACCACUAUCCCAACCUCUAGGGCCACAUCAACGAGCAUGCUCCCUAGUACCGCUACUACCAUCAAUGCUGUAGACCACGUUGAAUCCGUGUUUAUUGUAACAGCUUCAAAUAACGAUGCCUUACUAAUAGAGAGUGCUUCUUCGACGGCGCAUCCAUUUUCGUCACAAAUCGCUUUAGAACACCUCACAACUCCUCAUUACAAACAGUUAUAUCAAGCACAUACCCCGACUGUCUAUCCCAAGGAAAACAUUUCUGGUCUUGAACAAUCAACUUCAACAAUGCCACCCUUUAUUACCCAGUUAACGGAUUUUAGCGACUUUACGGACACUAGCACUACUUUAGCAAGUGUCAAAAUUGAAACGGAAUCGUCAGAUGCAAACGUACUCCCUGCUUCGACUACCUUUGCUUACACUAACCAUAAUCCCACAUCCGGCAACAGCAGCAAUGCUCAAGUAGAUCCACGGCAACUGUCAGCGACUAGUCCACCCGACCAGGCCACUGAAAUGCCUGCUAAGAUUAUGAACAGUACACCAUUCAUCAUUACUCCCAUCACUCCAAUUGCUUCCUCCAUUGGUUCGCAACAGACGAGCUCCACCGCAUACGUUACGUCACCACCAAUGACCGUAAGUAAGACACUUCACUCUUUCCCAUCUGUUUCCGAUGUCACUCGCCCAUCUCCUUCCGAUCUGCUGGCUCGGCUCGGUUUUGCCAAAUCUCUCGAAACUACCACCGACGAGUACCGACCGAGAUUUAAAAUGCGCAUACCAGUCUUGCCAAUUGGUUUCCAUGAUCCUGCCCCGGUCUCGAGGGUGGACUCUUCUUUCAAUCGAUCUUCGCUUUCGUUUACGACUAUGACACUAUCGAGCACAACUGAUACUGUCAAGGCUGAAACGAUUGGUUCCACUGUUCCCGUGACCUUCACUACUGCGAUCCCUGCGGUGAGCACAACUCAUCCGGUCGGUCAGCGAUCCCGCGGGAUUGUCGUGUACGGCAUACUGCCGAACAAUACCGUCGUUCGGCGGGUGAUUGGUGGAGAAGAUGAGAAUGUUCAUACAACGACAGAAAAUGUGCGGAUCGUGUAUGGGAUAUUUCCGAACGGUACGGUGGUGAAACGCUAUCCGAACGGUACGAUUGUGCCCGAGGUCAAGCGCCAUAGUCCCGUGGAAGUUACCAACAUAGACCCGCGUGAGCUACGCAACCCGAACAGUGUCAUCUAUCGCACAUCAGAAAUUCCACCACUGUUACAGUCGUUGGGUCUCGCUCCACCAGCUAAUAGCACCGCAGCCUCCACUAGCACUACUAUAAUCACCAAGCCAACUGUCAGCACGGCACCCACUACGAAGAGUCCUGUUGUCUAUAGUACUACUGCUCUACCUUCUAGUAUCACUUUUUCUACCACAAUGAACCAAGCCACGGGUACGACAACUAUUAUUGAAAUAUUGCGCAAGUACAACGAAGCGAACCAGUUGGAUGCAAAGGUGAAAUCGGACAAUGUCUUCAGUCUCGCUGGAGGUAAGGCAAAAUCGACGAACAAAACGAAUGGUAUCGCUACUACCACGCCUGCUUCAUCGAUGGAAACUUCGAAUAUUGGCAGUGUUCAUGAAGACGUCCGAGUCUCACGACCGAAUUCUCCCGACUUAGUGUAUCGAUGGAAACCGAUCGUAACCACGAGCACAGGUUCAAACGAUAACGAAUUUAUUCCUACAACCAGUGAGCCAAAGAUCACAACAGCAUCAGCUACACCGAGUGUGUCCGAGAACACCGUACCAGAUAUGAUGGGAGUUGGUAAAGGAAAUUUUGGUUCGGUACGAUUGGAUUUGAAUAGUGGCGAAGAACCAUUUACCAUUGGUACUAGUUCUCAGGAGCCAAACGAACAGUACGCAAGGAAGAAGAAUGACGAAACAGGUGUUAAGAAUGCAAACAAUGUGUCGUCUACUAUGGAGAUUAACCUAUUGUCAACAUCAAGUGCACCUCCCGUCGAUGACACUUCAAUAUCAACCACCGGGAGGGUAAUUAUCACGUCAAUUGUUCAAAGUACAAUGCCUUUUCAACGGUCCACAAACCCGGCGGAUCCAACCACCACUAGACCAACCACACCACGGACAACAAUUGUUAGCACAACUUCUAGCACUACAAGCAGGUUGGACACAACAAGCACAAAGGCGUCUCCAUCUACCAGUACAUUGGUGGUUCCUACGACAAGUAAAAGUACGUUACGCAAAUCAACCUCCACCGUGUAUCCUACUACUACACAGAGAACUCGUACAACAACGUUCUCUGAUGCUGAAGAUUUAGCUUUCUUGCGUCAACUAGCGAGAUUCCUGAACGGAGGACAGUCACCCAAUAACAAUGGACGAAAAACAACCAGAAAACCCACCACUACUUCUACUACUACUACCACUACCACUUCAAAACCUAGUACAACUACAAGGAUGACUACGACUACCACUACCACCACUACUACUACACCCAGUCCAACAACGACGCCGAGUUUAAGCACGGUCAUCAUUGAUAAGGAUGAUCCAGCCUUUCUAAACGAUGUGCGUAAAUUACCCAACUUUGCAACACCAAAUCCCCUCGUCGACACACCGCUGGCUAAUAGAAUACUUCAGCUAGCAAUACAAAGAGAUCCCAAGAGCAUUGCACGAUUACCCUUGAAAACUGGGAAUGAGUUUCCAUCGUACGAAAAGCCACGCACCGAGAGUCAGCCGAAAGAAAUUUCAAAACCGACCACCCUGUCUCCGGAGGAAAUAGAGAAAACGAAAAAGCAGCUGGAUCGGGAGGUACAGCAGUACAACAAUGAUUUGAAACUUCUUUCGAAUCUACUGGGAAGACCCAUUACUGAGAAAGAUAUUCCGAGCCUUACCAAGCAGCUUGGAACAGGUGGCUCCGGACCAUUGUUUGCCAAUGCUGGGCUAUCGGCGACGAGGACGACAACGACGACACCGACGACGACAACGAGCACUACGCGCAGACCGACCUCAACAGCAGACGGCGAACUCUUGAAACAGCUGCUUCUCACGCAGCAACAGCAACACAAUAGCAGCCCAGCAGUUAUUGAGAGACCAGAGUUUUACGGUAAGACUAAUGAAGCAAUUUUGGCAGCCGUGCUCAAGCAGCGUGGCAUAGGACCGUCAAACACGAACGGAAAUAUUGAGGACAUUUUGGCGCAAAUAUCGCCAAGCGUUCGGACGUCUACAUUACUUCCGAUAGUUAUCACAACACCGCGACCCACGCCGAGACGCACUCGUCCCCCGCAACCACCGCCGUUACGAUCGCAAAGCCCAAUUCUGGACGGUUUGAGUUGGUUGUGGCGCGAAUGGCAAGCAACAGCUCCACAACCACGCAAUCGAGUCCCUGGCGCUGGAAGCAGUGCCACCAGUAUUCGAACGGGAACGUUUGGGCUUAGUGGUGGUGGUGGUGGUGGUGGUGGCGGUGUUGGUGGCAGAACAGCUUCACUAACACAAUCGUACGGGGAUGAGGGUCUAGACCCGGAUGCGAAACCAAUCAACCCCAGCGUGACUGAAGAGCCAGCAUCGUUGUUUAGCGGGUUUGGCAUCAAUCCCGGAGGACAACUGUUGAAUGCAGCGAUUGGUGUGACUCGUGCUGUAUCACAGUUCCUAGGCGUAGCGCUACAGGGUGCAGCCAAAUCGUUUACUUCCGCCUUUCGCCCACAACCAUCCGCUAGCGAACCAGCGGACGACCUGAGCUACUACCGGUACAGUGGUAGAUAAUGAUUUGGACGGUUUACAAAGAAUUCUGUGCUUCAACACAACUUUCUAGACUACUGAGAUCGAUUCCGCGAAUAGCGAUGGCGUUUUAGCAGAUUCUUGGCGCAGAUCUCGUUGUACCGUUGCCGGUGUAAAUAACUUUCGGGACGUUACGGAACGUAAAAUUUAAUUAGUAGCAGCAACUGAAUGUAAUCGUUUUUUUUUUGUAGCAAUUCAAUUAACAUACGGUAACUGUAAGUUGAGUACCUCAAUUAUUUCAGGUUAGAAGAGUCAAUAGUUUAAAGAACCUUGAAUAAUAAUUGAUAAUGUUCGCAAGUCGGUAAACUGUCUAUUAAUAGUCUCGGGCAGGUGUAAUGUGUAAAACAUGCUUAUAGCGAAGAGGAAUGCAACUUUAUGAGCUCAUAAUUAAUAAGACUGUAUCUUUUAAAAAAUUAAAAUACUUGUUCGCUGUGUUAGUUUUCUAUUUAUUUAAAUUUCUCAGGAGAACGCGGUAAGGUUGUUUAAUCGUGCGAAACGAUUAAGGCUUUGAUAGAUAUGUUUAAA